AUUCAAUAGGUAUAAGCAAUUAUGUAUUCAAUGACAUCACUCAUGAAAUGGUUUAUUAAAAAUUUCAGUAAAGAUGAUGGGGAAUUGAAGAUUUCUAUCCCACACUUUGAAUAAAAUCCUAUAAUCUGACUCCAAAUAUUGGAUCCAUCACGUGCAACCACUAUUUAUUCUGGACAAGAAGUCAAUUGAUACCCAUCCAUAAAAAAAGCCAAUGAGCAAUAACCCUCAAGUUUAGGCAGUCAACAAUGGAGGGCUCUUACGCUGAUGAAGUAAAGAGAAAAGCUUAGCAAAUGUCAAUCAUCAAAGGAAAAAGCAUAGCUAAAGUCAAUCAAUAAAGUAUAACUAGAUAAGCCUACGCCAGUCACAGCUAUAGCUUUUUAUUCAGUGUCUUCUUCUACUUUAUGAUCUUCUGCUUCUUCGUAUAUAUAUAUAUAUAUAUAUGCAUAUAAAAUAUCCAUCUUCUGAAAAUAAUUCUCGUCCCAUCGAUCAGUCUGUACAACAUGAAGAAAGCAGAAUUGGCGUUCGUACCUUUUCCAGUUACCAGCCACAUUACACCAGCUAUAGAUCUUGCAAAACUCCUUGUCAGACACCAUGAUCGUCUUUCCAUCACCAUCGUCCUCAUGAACCCCCCAUUUGCAAGCUCCAAAACCCGAGCCCAUCUCGAGUCUCUUGCUUCUAACUCCACCAUUAUAGAUCACCGGAUCACUUUAGUCCUUCUUCCACAUGAUUACACCAUUCCCGAAACUUCUGACGCCCACAUCAUCAACAGUACAUUCAUCCAAAACCAAAUAACCCACCUCAAACACUUCCUCACCAAUCAUAUAAACCAAUAUUCCGAACCAGGCCAUGACUCGCCUCAGCUUGCGGGCUUGGUCCUUGACAUGCUCUGUGCGCCCUUCAUGGAUGUGGCUGAUGAGUUAGGACUUCCUGCAUAUAUGUUCUUCACAACGAGUGCUGGAUAUUCUAGCCUCAUGUUCCACAUUCAAAUAGACGCCAAGGACGACCCGAAUGCUGAGUUGGUCUUGCCAACUUUCGCCAACUCAAUUCCUAGUAAAGUCUUGCCUGAGUUUAUGCUGGACAAGGAUGUUUUCUCAUACUAUCUCAAUCAAUUCAGAAGAAUGAAAGAAAAAGCUAAAGGUUUUGUUAUAAAUACCUUCAUGGAGUUGGAACCCCAUGCCAUCGGUUCUUUGGUUGGUGCUACAUUUCCAACCGUGUAUACUGUGGGACCCUUACUAAACUUGGCAGUGGAGCAAUCUGAUAGCAAUGUGGGGUCCAAAGACACUACAGAUGACUGUGAUGUUAUCAAGUGGCUUGAUGAUCAACCUCCAUCAUCGGUAGUGUUCCUAUGCUUCGGGCAUCUGGGAAGAUUCAGUGAGGAUCAAGCGAAAGAGAUUGCAAAUGCACUUGAAAACUCUGGGAUUCGGUUUGUUUGGUCUUUACGUCAAAGUAAAUCAGGCGGCUACACGGAUUCUAUGGAGGCCCUGAUUAAAGGGUUUCUUAAUCGGAAUGCUGGGAUGGGGAAGAUCGUAGAAUGGGCUCCACAGGUGGCCAUCCUGUCCCACCCAGCAGUAAGAGGGUUUGUAUCACACUGUGGCUGGAAUUCCAUACUUGAGAGUGUGUGGUUUGGUGUGCCUAUUGCCGCGUGGCCGCUCUAUGCAGAGCAACAGAUAAAUGCAUUUGAGAUUGUGAGAGACUUGGGAUUGGCAGAGGAGAUUAGGUUGGACUUCUUUAUGGAUUUUCAGAGCCAGGAUGCUCAAGCGGUUGUGAGCGCUCCACAGAUAGAAGCAGGGAUCAGAAGAGUGAUGGAGCAUGAUAGUGAUAUAAGGAAGAAUGUAAAGGAGAUCAGUGAAAAGAGUAGGAAGGCAUUAAUGAAUGGUGGAUCCUCAUACAAUUCUAUAGGUCACCUAAUUAAUGACGUAUUUGAUAAUAUGGCCUAAAAUCAUAUUUGUUUUUUUCCUUUUUUCAAAGUUGAUUCAAGUAUGCUUAUUCAGAUGAAUAAGCAAAAAAACUGUUGGCAUGUUUCAUCAGAUAAACUAAAGCAGGAUGAUAACAGAUUAUCCAAAGUUCUGUCAAAUGGAAGCAAACAAUAAAUAUGAAUGUGGAACUUUUCCAAGUAA